UAAAACCAGUGUAUCGGCAAUCGUAUCAUUCACUACCGAUACGAGGUGCUGUAGCGGCAUCGUUCAUGGAUGGUACGCUUGAAAUAGAAGAGGAGGCGAACACAUCGAGCAACGCCCCCCCGAUAGGGAGAUGCCUAACCCCAGGUAGGCAAGCACUAGCCGAUUCCAUGAUGAAAUCAGUCACCGCAUCCGUUUCCAAGCUCAGAAUUGGAGAUCCGCCCACCAUCUACAAAGUCCAACAAAGAAUCCGGCAAGUCAACGAGGUUGCGUAUGAGCCCCAGAUCGUGUCGAUCGGCCCAUACCAUAACGGCAAGGAGAGGCUACAAGGCAUGGAAGAGCAUAAAUGGAUAUAUCUACAUUCGUUCCUCUCCCCCAAUCCCGACCAUCGGUUGGAGGACUACCUCGAGGCGAUUGAGAAAUUGGAGGAUGAAGCACGAAGUUGCUACUCCGAGAAAGUGGGCCCACAGAUGGGUGACGAGUUUGUGAAAAUGAUGGUGCUUGAUGCUUGCUUCAUUGUCGAGUUCUUUCUCAAGUUCAAUCAUCUCAACCAAAUGGCGGAUUGGCUCAAGGAAAAAGAACAGUUGUUAGAAGACUUCAAAGACCCGAUACUUAAUACGACUGGAAUGAUGUUCCUUGUAGGGUAUGAUAUGUUCCUCGUCGAAAAUCAAAUUCCUUUCAUCGUUCUGCAGUGUAUUUUCAUGAUGGCUUGUCCAGUGAACUUACCGCAUAAACUUGCCGAGAUGGCCCUUGAUUUCUUGGAUCAGUUCAUGCAUAGGAAUAAGGAAAUUCUGAUCAAGGAUUCCUACUGUCAUCUGCUCCAUUUGUUCCACUCGCAUUUGAUACCGACCGGGACUCAUAGCAAGGAGAGCAAUUCUACCAUCGAAUCCAUCCCCAACAAGAUGCCCAACCUUUCGUGCAAUCAUACCGUCGAAUCCGUCCUCAACAAGUUCAAGAAUAUACGCAGGUUCUUCCCAUCUUCGAAUAAGCCCCAGUUGGCCAUUAGCAACAAUCCAUCUCCAGUAAGGAUAAUGAUAAUCCCUUGCGCGGCUGAGCUCCAACUUGCGGGGGUCAAGUUCAAGAAGAAAGAGAAGUACAGUAGCAUCUUGGACGUGGAAUUUAGCAAUGGGGUAUUGGAAAUCCCUCCCUUGUCGAUAUAUGACUACAGCAAUGUUCUCUUUCGGAAUCUAGUAGCGUUCGAACAAUGCUACGGGAAAGCAAAAAGCCAUUUCACGACUUACUUCUGGUUCAUGGAUUGCCUUGUCAACACGUCCAAUGAUGUGGCGCUGAUCCAUCGCAAUGAGAUCAUCGAUCAUGGGUUGGGAAGUGAUGAGGAUGUGGCCCAACUAUUCAACCGUCUCUGCACUGGGAUAUUCCUUAAUUGUGAGGAAAGCUACCUUUCGGAUCUACAACAGAAAGUCCAAAAACAUUGCAAGAACAAAAGGAACAAGUGGCGGGCGAUCUUGAAGCGUGAUUAUUUCAUCAAUCCAUGGUCUUUAAUUUCUUUAAUCGCGGCUUCGAUCCUCCUCCUGCUCACCAUCACACAAACGUUCUUCACCAUCUUUCCUUAUUACCGACCGCGGUCCUAGUUCUUGAUCAUCAUGUUUUAAUGGUGUAGAUUAUUUUGAUUUUUCUCAUUUGUGUUUUGC